GAUUUCAACAGUUACGCUUGCAGUCCACGACCAGCGAAUGGUUUCACAGUGAGAGUGGAUCGCUGCAAUUUCCUCGAAUUCAGUCCUCUUUAGCGUAAGAUGAACGAAUGACCGACGAGCAAAGGUGACACGUACGCGAUGAGGCCGAAAUCGUGUUCCCUGUUCCUGUUGUUCUGCGUGCUACUGCCGGGACUGGUGCGUCCCUUCACAUCCGGCGAAGAAGGCGAGGAUGCCGCGGAGGAAGAGGAUUCCUAUCUCUUGGAGGAGGACGACGUGCCUUCCGCGACGAUAGCCACUGACACGGAGCUGAUCUCCGAGGCGGGAGGCCAUCUGCCCGUGUUUCUCACCGAACCGGUCGAUUCUUUCGUGGUGAAGAACAAACCGGCCACGUUACAUUGCAAAGCCGCGCACGCGUUGCAGAUCUACUUCCGGUGCAACGACGCGAGGGCGGACGACUCGCAGCAACAGGACUUCGUGGACCCCCACACCGGCACCAGAAUCGUCGACUGCGAAUUGAACGUAACUAGAGACCACAUCGAGGAAUAUUUCGGCAGGGACAAGUUCAAAUGCGAGUGUAUCGCCUGGUCGGGUUCCGGGCAGAUCAAGAGUCAACCUGCGACCGUCGAUGUCGCCUACCUGAAGAAGCAAUUCGAGUCUCCGCCGUACUCGGUAUCGGUGGAGGCAGGCCAGAGCACCGAACUCAGGUGUCUUCCUCCUGUGGGAGUGCCACCGCCGAGGGUCUACUGGCUAAGAAAUAACGUCCCCGUCGACACGGAGUCGGACACGCUUUUAGUGUCUAGCGAGGGACACCUUCUGGUCGGCCAAGCGAAACUCAGCCACCAGGCGAAUUACACUUGCGUCGCGGAGAACAUUGCGGCCAAAAGGCUUAGCGAGCCUGUCAGCCUCACAGUUUACGUGAAAGGAGGAUGGUCGGCGUGGUCCGCGUGGUCCGAAUGUCACUCGAGGUGCGCGAAAGGUGGCCAGAAACGGACGCGAACGUGUACGAACCCCGCUCCGAUGAACGGCGGCCAGCCUUGCAUGGGUCCGUCUCAGCAGAAGAUGGACUGCAACAUCGCCUGUCCCGCCGCCACUCUGGAGGAGUUCACCAACACUCUAGUGGUGGACGGAGGAUGGUCCAGAUGGUCGACGUGGUCGGUGUGCAGCACCGAUUGCAAGCAACAGAGGAGACGAUCCUGCGACGAGCCACCACCCAGCCACGGUGGACGACCUUGUCAGGGGAGGGACAUCAGCGUGGCGAAUUGCACCGGCGGCAUGUGCAACAAUGGCAGCACGAAAAUGGGAGGCGCACACUUGACCGAAGAGGCGAACCGGCAAAUGGACGUGGCUCUGUACGGCGGCUUGACUGUCGCGUGCGCUGUAAUCGGCGGCCUGGCAUUUUCCCUCGCAAAGCUUCUGAGGCGCAAAGGUCGGGACCAUUCCCUCUACUCCAUGGCCCGUAACGAAUUCCAGCCGGAGUUCUUCCCGGACCAGGACAAGAAGUUGAGCCUGCAGCCGGAUGUAACGGCGACGAGCGUACCGGCCUGCUACGAGUAUCCUUUCGACCCGAAGCUGUCGAUGUCGAGAUCCCUCUCCGAGCACCAUUACGACGUGCCCCACUUGUCGAUCGCCCCGCAACCAUCGCCAAUGUCGCCGACGCCAAGCACGUCGACGCAGGAAUCAUGCAGCGACAAACAGAUCCAUUCCGACUGCGAGAACAGCGUCACUAGCUCGUACCCGUCCUCCGACUCCACGUACAACGUCGCCUCGGAGAGCGUUCGUUUGCCAAAGCUCGAGACCGGAAACGUGGCCGGGGCGGCGGUGAACACGCGCGGCGCGCUUCUCGUGCUUCCGGACGCGGGCAUAUCGAUGUCGGUGCCCGAGGGAGCCGUGCCGAAACCACUCAGGGAGGAGCUCUACUUGGCCGUGCUGAACGAGGAUCGCUUUAGGCCUCGAUUACCCGACGGUAUCACGCAACUAUCCGCGGUGGUAACGUGCGGCCCUUCGUCGGCGACCUUCAACAAGCCUGUGAUCCUCCAAUUCGAGCACUGCGCGAUGCUUCACCCAGCCACGUGGGAGCUAAGCGUUUGGGCCUGCGACGGCCUGAGCGUCGAGGACGGCACAGCGAUCGCCUCUUCCAAGGAUCAUCAAUCGAUCACGUGGAGCAGGGUGCUAACGUUGGGCAACGAGACGAUCAACACGCCGCUGUUCACGCAGCUGGACCACGCCGAAGCGUUUAUCGUGACCGAACAGUUGAGAGGCUACGUUCUAGCUGGCCAGAGCUGCGAGAACGUGAUCGCCACCAAGAGACUGCGGCUAGCGUUGUUCGCCAGCCAAGCUGGCCAAUGCUGCGUCCGAGUCUACGCCGUGGAGGACACGAAAGCCGCCACGAAAGCGAUCGUCGACAGAGAAUCUCAGGCGAGAGGUUACUUGCUGGACAAACCGAGAACAUUGUUGUUCCAAGACAACGGCGAGUCGCUGUGCGUCAGCCUCGAGGAGGUUGGCAACGAGUGGCAGAGCAAGUCGCCGACCGAACGGCAGGAGAUCUCGUUCAGAGACGUGUGGAACUGCCAGGAGAACACGAAGCACGUGACUUUCGGCUUGGACACCGCGUUCGGCCCUACCAGCAGCCGAAGCUACAAGCUGCAGGUGUCGCAAGGGAACUCGGACACCAGGCAGGUGUUCAGGAUCGUGUACGACGGCGCGAAGCAAUUGAUCUCGUCCGGAAGCGUGACCAGACCGCUUAGAGAGGUGACGGUGGUCAGCAGCGGGCAUGCUAAUAACGCCACCACCGACUCCACCACCCUCAGACCGUUUCGGUUUACCAGGUCCCUGAGGAAACAGCUAUGCCAAUGCCUCGAUCCACCGAACGCUCUCGGCAACGACUGGAGAAUGCUGGCGCAGAGGCUUCAAGUCGACAGGUACAUCAACUACUUCGCGACCAAGUCCAGCCCGACGGAGCACAUCCUAGACCUGUGGGAAGCGAAACACCACGAGCCGACCGCGGUGACCGACCUUCUGAACCAUCUUCGAGUGAUGGGCAGAACGGACGCGGCCACGAUUCUCGAGGCACAGCUAGGCCCGUGGCUCUGAACGAACGGAAUUUCGUUGCCAUCUCGUGACGUUUCCUGUGGUGAGUGAAAGUCCACGAACAAGUCGAGUGAAACGAAACGAACAAAAAGUGGUGAACCCGAACCCGUGGUUGCUUCGGCGCGGAGAACAAGUCGCUUCUCCGUUUGACGGACUCAUCGAAAACACUGCCUUAAUUUCCGGCGCGGGACAAAACUGUGUCUGUCUCUCUCCCGUUUGUCCCGUCUUUUGUACAUAGAAAUUUUCGUCUCUUUUCUCUUCCUUUUUUCGUUUUUUUUUUUCGUUUUUUUUUUUUUCUUUUUCUUUUGUAAGACGAACGUUGUGCUCGAGGCGACAUCGUCGGAUCUGUACGAGGAUUGUAAUCAUCGUGAAACGAAAUAAACUAGAGACUGUGCAUUUAGAUGGUUAUAUAUGUGUACAUAUCGUGCUAAGGACUGACGCAAAGCAGAUGCAAAAAAAAAAAAAAGAAAAAGAAAAUGGAUAUAUCCAUUUAGACGGAUGUUUAUAUAUAUAUAAAUAAUUAUAUAUAAAUAUAUAUAUAUAUAUAUACAGUUAGAUAGAUAGAUAGAGAAACAUCGAGCAAGGAACGAACGACGAAAACACGAAGAGAAUAAAAAAUCGUUCCAACCCGAUACAAGAAGUAAAACGAAGAAAAAAAAAAAGAAUGAUAAAGUGUAACGAACGGGGAAAAGUAAGAAAGGGGGGAAAAAAAAUGAAAGAUGUUUUUAUCGAUUUGUUAUAUACUAUACGGAUGCACGAGCAUACACGCGAGUGGCCACCGGUUUCCUGGAAGAGGACGAUCGUGCCAAAAUUCUCACUCUCGGUUUCGAAACCCACGAACCCGUUUCCGUUGACGUUUGUAUUCAGAUGUUUGUUGAAAAAAAAUGUACGCGCCCUGUGGUUUCUUUCGUGCACGUCGACAAUACCACUGCCCCGUGGCCCGUUCACCGUUUCCCCUCCCCGGGGAAGAAAAGCACGGCGAGGAACAACGCGUGUGAACGGGACGGACGUUGAAUCGCGUAGAAAACGACCUUACGAUUCGCGGUGAAAAUCGGAUAAUUU